CCUCGCUCCCACCGCGGACCCCGCGCUCCAGGAUGAUGAUGAUGCUGCAGCUCGUGCUCCUCGCCGCGCUCGCCCUGUGCGGGCGCUGCUCCGAGCUGGAUGUCGAUGGCGUGCAGCGGGUGGUCGGCGGCACCGAGGCGCGCUCGCACGCCUGGCCCUACCAGAUCUCCCUGCAGUAUUACUCCCAGGGCGGCUGGUACCACACGUGCGGAGGCUCCCUCAUCCAGAGGAACUGGGUGAUGACUGCCGCCCACUGCGUCAACAAUAACCUGAACUACCGUGUGGUGGCCGGCGAGCACAACCUCAACAGCAACGAGGGCAGCGAGCAGAUCUUCAGCGUCAGCAAAAUCAUCGUCCAUCCCUACUGGAACAGCAACAACGUGGCCGCGGGGUAACGCCCGCGGGACGGGCACUCGGGGGGAGCCCAGCCGG